GGAGGAGUGAACUCAACGCGAGAGGUGAGCUGAUGCGCGAGCUCAAACCUCCCAUAGAGACAAAGUUUAUGCGCCUGUUUUUCUUCAUGUCAUUCAUAGAAACAAGAGGAAAAUAAUAUUUUACUGGCAAAGUUUCCGAAGUUGCCCUUGAGAAUUGAUUGUGAUAUGGAAUUAACGCAUGAGAGAGUAUAAUUUCUUACUUUUGGAAUAAUUGUCUUCGUGGUAUUUCCGUCUUCAAAGCAAAACAGCGCUGCUUACUACAGCUGAUAGAUAAAGUGAUACAGGUAUGUGAAUCUGUAUGAAUACCCAUCAUGCUACUGAAGAACCUUCCUUUGUUGGAAGUCAUUGUUGCAGUACUGUCCCUAUUCAUUCACACAAGUGCAGCUGAAGCUCACGUCCGUGCCAAGAAAGGGGACACUGCUGUGUUGACAUGCAGUUUACAAGCCCCGGACAAGGGCAGCACUGCCCCUCAGCACGUCAUAGAGUGGGUGCGUCAGGGCUACGAUAUCCCCAUCCUCAUGCACUUUGGAGUGAACAAUCUUCGAGUGCAUCCCAACUAUGAUGGUCGAGUGUCACUCAUCAGAGGAACAUCACUGCAGAUCAGGGGGCUUCUCUUAGAAGACGAAGGCUGGUAUGAGUGCCGAAUCCUCCCACUAGACAAAACCACUGAUGAGGCUGGAAGCAACGGGAGCUGGACUCUACUCUUUAUUACAGCACCUCCUGUGCUUACGGAAACCUCACCUCCUGCCGUUGAGGUAUUUGUAGGUAGAUCAGUAACCCUGAAGUGUGCUGCCCAGGGAAAUCCACGGCCUACAAUAACCUGGUCUAAAGAUGGAGGGCCAAUAAAACCUCAAAACAAAGUAAAGAUCAUGAAUGGAAGUGUAUCUUUCCAUGCUGUAAGCAGAGAAACAUCAGGCCAGUAUCAGUGUCACGCCUCCAACACUGAAGGAAAUGUAACUCACAUCACAAAGGUCAAAGUCAUUGGCCCUCCGGUGAUUGUAAUUCCUCCAACCGACACUGUUCUCAACAUGUCCCAGGAUGCCAAGUUGAAGUGCCAGGCUGAGGCUGACCCACCAAACAUGACCUAUGUGUGGCAAAGACAAGGAGAAGACAUUUACCACAUUGAGUCUCUGAAGUCUCGUGUUAAGAUCAUAGUGGAUGGUACACUACUUAUAUCGCGUUUGACUCCAGCGGAUUCAGGGAACUACACCUGCAUGCCUACUAAUGGACUUCCUGUGUCCCCUUCUGCCUCAGCCAUCCUCACUGUGCAGCACCCAGCACAGGUGGUGCAGAUGCCCAAGCUGACCUUCCUUCCCACUGGCAUGAGGGGAGUCAUUGCGUGCCCCGUAAGAGCUGAACCACCAUUAUCACAUGUAGACUGGAUCAAAGAUGGCAAACCGCUCGAUUUAGACAUGUAUCCUGGAUGGACACUGACCUCAGAAGGCUCUAUCAUCAUAGCAACAGCUAAUGAUGACGCUGCAGGUGUAUACACGUGUACUCCAUACAAUAGUUUUGGGACAAUGGGCCAGUCUGAACCCACCAUUGUUAUACUACAGGAUCCUCCGUCAUUUAAAAUGUCACCUCGUAAGGAGUACAGACAGGAUGUGGGAAGGAUACUUGUUAUUCCAUGUCAGAUGGACGGUAACCCUGCUCCAAAAGUCAGCUGGAAAAAGGUUGGUACAGCCUCUCGCUCACUGUACACUCUAGCAGCGAAUGGCUCGCUCAUUCUACAUCCUCUCAGUAAAGACCACCAGGGGGAGUGGGAGUGCAGCUCCACCAACCGAGUGGCUACUGUAUCCGCCAGAACAACAGUCUUUGUGCUCGGUACAAGUCCUCAUGCAGUGUCGUCAGUAUCUGUGAUCCCAGGAAUUAACCAGGCCAAUGUCUCCUGGGUGGCUGGCUUUGAUGGAGGAUAUACCCAGAAAUUCACUGUCUGGUAUAAGCAGGUGUCAGCAGUAAGGAUAGAGGAAAAGCAAGAGUGGUUGUCUUUCUCAGACCUCUCUACUGAGAAUAGUCUGCUGGUCACCAAUCUUCUUCCUGCCACUGAGUACCAGUUCAGUGUCAUGGCCCAAAAUAAAAUUGGCACUGGGCCCUUCAGUGAGAUCACGACCAUCACAACUAUGGAUGCCCUUCCCAUUGUGGCCAAGCUGGUACCCCCUAUUAAUCUCUCAAUCAAUAAGAGUUCAGAGGGAAUUCUUCUGUGGUGGUCAGCACCCCGGUCCCAGUCUGUACCCAUUGACAGUUUUGUCAUACAGUCACGCCUUGAGGGAGAGGAAUGGAUUAAUCUGAAAGAGGACAUUAGCCCAGCUGAGAGUCAGAUAUUUCUUCCGGGGUUAUGUAAGGACUGCAAGUAUGAACUGAGGCUUCUUUCUCGGAAUGGAGAUCAGCUGAGCAUGCCCAGUCCAUCAAUCAGUGUCUCCACCAUUGGAAUGAAUAUGCACCCAGGCAGUUCCCAUCUCCUAGACUUUCCUGAUAGGCUAAUUGCUGGUGUCAUGGGUGGAGUGGGACUCCUUUGCCUUGCUCUUAUCCUGACUCUGGCAAUAGUUUGUUUCAUUUAUCACAAAAGGGGACGAAGGCGCAGGCAGAAUAUCAAGGAUCUCCCACCUGCAAUAAAAAACAAACCAUCUGUAAACAGCCCUGACAACACCCUGAAGCAAAGGCUCCUACCAGCUCGUCCACUCUCCUACACUUCCUCCUCUUCCAAUCACUCCUCCCUUGACAAGUCCACUCGCAGUGAUUGUCAUGCCCAGCGCCAACAUCCUCUGCCUCAAGCUAACCCUCCAUCCCACCAUUCCCUCCCUGAAAGCCAUCUCCAACGGGCAUCGCUUGCCCCUGUGUCCUCUGUGGAGUUCAUCCACCGAGGCCCUGAUGGACGCUUUAUUGCCCAGGCUUGUGAAGAUGACAAUGUUGUCAGUUCCCAGAUUAAAAGAAACCCAAGUCAAAACUCGCAUCGGGCAUCAGAUGGAAACAGAAGCUUCAGAAUCCAGAAAUCACAGUCUUUGAGAUCCUACAGAGAUGAAAGAAAAAAGCCACCCUUUGUCCUUUCAGUGGAUCUUCCACCUUUCAGAUCAGAUAUUCCUUCUUCCAGCAGAACACGAGCUAUGGCUAAGCACCUUUCGUUGAAUGGUCAUUACAUGCCUAUUCGGGAGCAAGAGUUCUUGAAUGGACCAGACCAGACAAGUCUUUCGUCAGAUGACAGUGGCUCUUUUCUAUAUCCCCAUUCAGAAAGUACUCUGGGUCAACAGUCCCUGAAACAAGGUACCAACCACUCUGCAGCCAGUACCCUGGUUUUGCAGAUGGAGCAUGAGAGGGAACAAGGAAACCUAAGUCGCUGUUUGACUUUGGCUCGUGAGAGAGAGGAGCUUGAAAGGGAAUUGCGCAAGUACACUGUUGAUCGAAAUCCACCUAGCCAUGAGACAGAUGAUGAAUAUGGAAAAAUCUGGAAAACUCAAGAAACUUCAACACCUCAGAUUAACUACCAAGGCGUGAGACAAAGCCUUUUAUCUGAGAAUACCAGCAUGUUGAAGGGAAGAGCUGCCUCUUGCAUUCCAUGGGAAGAAAGACACAGGAUUUCCUCUGCAAGCCUGGUGCCCCUACAUACAACUUAUGGAAAGGAUAGCAAAUAUAGGCAGAAUCAACAAGGCUAUCAUUCCAUUCAGAGAUCCAACUACCAACGGUCUCGAAGUCUAGACAGAGCUGAACACAAAAAAUCACAAACAUGGGACCGAAGACGAAGUAGGACGCCUGUUGAUUCAAGUCUUGGUCGUGUAAUGGAUGAACCUUUAACCUACAAUUUGGAAAAUACCCAAACUGCUGUAGGGCAUAGAGCCCAUAGGACCUCCAGCAGAAGUCAACAUUAUUUUGACCCAUGUAUUUUUUCAUCUUUAGACGAUCAGCAGGAGCGGGCUAUAGAAAGAAGCACUAGACAUAUGAAUCCAACUGCUGAUUAUUCAGAGAUGAGUGUGGAUGGACCUGAUCUUGAGAGCCAGUCUCCAUAUACAAGAUCCAUACUGGGCUCGGGUCACAGUUAUGAGACUCUAGACUAUGACAGACCCAGGUUAUCAGAGCUUGAAAAGGACAGAUCAGAAGAGUCAGGACAUGUGAGUACAAGAAAGCAGGAGAAGUUGAACAAUUGGUCAAGAAAAACUGUGUCUUCAAUGAAUGUCUCUAGAACAAUGCCUCGGAAGACAAAGAGUCUGGGGCCAAACAACUGGAAUCGGAAUGAGAGCAUGCAUAGUUUAGACUCUAAAUUAUACAAGGACCAGUUUUUGACCCCUGAUGCCUGGGUAGAUUCGCUGACACUUAGUCGAGAUUCUACAAUGUCUCCUUCUGCGUGCAGAUCCAACUCUGUGGCAGAUAAACCUAAAAGUAAUCCCAAUUUGCAAACAGAUUUAUCUGUGCCUUCAGAAAGUCAAAUGCGAGACCACCAUCAUCAGGCCUCUAAAUCCCAUGAUGGCUCUACCAAUGACUCAAAAUCCAGCAAAAACCUAGUAUCAGGACAUAAUACCAAUACUGCCUUAUUAUCACCAGGGGGUUCUAGCUGGCCUCUGACUUAUUGCCCCUCUCUGUCAGCCUUGCCAUCUGGAAGCCAAAGCCAAGUGGUGGAGAGAGAGGAGGAAGACGAAAAUGUGCAGGAGGUGGAUGUGGAAAUUAACAGAUAUAGGAAGAGCUCAGAGACGGAGGGAAGUUAUAGGAGUUAUGCAAGCCAAAGCAGUGGCAGAGGCAGCAUGGAUGCCCCUAACAGCAGGCAGUUGUCUCUUAGCCCCCCUCUCACCAGCUCACCAGAGACCACAGAGGACAGUGACAGAGAUGAGGCAGCUCUACAGGAGCCUGAAAAGCAUGAAAGAAGAGGCUCUGUGGAUGAAAGUUAUGAGUGGGAGAGUUAUGACUCUGCUUACGUCCAAAUGCAUCCUGUGGACCUCAAAGUGUCAAUGAGCAAGGAAGGUCUACGAAGAGAUCUCCUGAGUCAAAGGAAGCAGGGCAGAUCUACCAAAGAUAAUGGCAGGCCAGAUUUAGACUUGAAACCUAAAGAUCUUUACCCUCUGGCUGGUUUGAAGGAAUCUGUACCACUCUUUGAACUUCCCAGUAUUCUUCCUCCAAACUGUGAGCAAGAAUCACUCCUUGCUCAGGAAAUUCAGAAGAGCUUCACAUCAUUCCCAGACCCAGAGCCUGACACUGUGCUUUUCUGAUUACUAACAAUUGGAUACAGCAUGUUUCCCCUCAACACAGAUCUGUAUGGUCAAGAUAAGAGGAGACACUGGGUGUCACCAUUAAUUGGAUGUCUCAGGACCACUCAAGCACACUUGGAACCUAAGAACAUACUCUGCCCAACUAAUGGAAAUGACAUUAUCUGAUGGAUGGACCAAGGCACAGCGAAGAUAACUGUAGUCUAAAGAGCUUACAUAAUAUGUGCUGGAUCAAAGGGAGAAUAAAUAAUACAGGACAUUGCUCUUUGCACCCUGCUGUUGCUGAUGAAACUGAAUUUGAAAUAAAAUUGUUAAAGCUGUUACAAUGAGCCCCUUUCAAAGUUGAUUUUGAGUGGCGUUUGAUUGUUCUGUAAUUCCUAUUUUGACACUAAGAGCAGAUUAUGAUUUAAAAACCUCGCCAAAGCUCUUUUAUGCACAGUUAGGCCUAUAGAAAUAUCAUGCAAAACAGGAUGCUGAAAAAAGUAUAAUUUGUAGCUAUACCUUCAAGUUGUCAAGCAAAUUGGAGAUUCAUUAGAUGUGAUUGGAGUACUGCUUUGGCAGAAACUUCAGUUUUCUUGACAAUCAUUUGGCCUUCCCACCCACUCGUACCUACCUCAUACAUGCUAUAAUCCCAAUGGCACCAUUCAUAGAAAUUGUACAUUGUCAUUCACAUGGAGAAAAAACACUGCAUAUUGAUCAGUAUAUGGUUAUGCACCAUCUGGUCCUUGACUGACAAUCGAUAAAACCCUUUGAAAGUUUAAAACCUCCAGUCAAAUGCUGAAGCUUUCUUUUUUCAUUUUUGUUAAUGGUAUUGCAGUCUUUUUGUUUUAGAGUUUGAAAUGUUGGGAAGUGAUUCUCAUCCAAAAGAGCUCAUUUUUGAGUUUUAAUGAGCUGUGGUGUCUGACUAUGACAUUUGAGACAUUUAAUGAGAAAUAAUGUGUAAAAUUGGUUGAUUAUUUGCAUCGGUGUCCUUUUUUUAGGAGGAAUCUGAUAAACAGAUACUCUUUUAGAGUGCAACUGAAGGAAAUGAUUAAAUUCACUGCAGGUCACGGGAGUUAAUUAUGUAUCACAGCGCCCUGUGGUCUGGCCGCUGAUGAGUCUGACAAUACAAAGUUACAUUAACGAACAGAGCUUGACUGUUUACAGUUAAACCAAACAUUUUACAGCUCAAAUACUUUUCUUUCCAAAUACAAAUUUAAAAGCAAUUAAAUUAUACUUCAUAUGCUUUUUAUUGGUUCAGAAUUCUAAAAAAAAACCACUAUAAAUGCACAGACAUAAAUUCCACUAGUCUUCAUUUUCUGUCAGUAUGAAAUGUCUGCAGCUACUGCCGAAUGGGAAAUUCUUUGAAUAUAGUAUCUUUGCAAAUAUGUCUAUAUGUAAUUAAUCGUUAUCUUUUAGCUUUUAAAUCAAAGCUUAUUCAAACAAGACUGUACAAAUGAAGGUCUUUUCUUAGUAGAAAAUGAGAAUUGUUCCAAUUUUUUGCAACCCAAUUAUUGUGUUUUUGGAAACAAUUUGUACUUACAUUUUUGUUACUUUAUAAAAGUAUGAGUUUCAUGAAUGAGGAUUUAUAUAUUGAUUAAAGACAAUAAAACAUU